AUGAAGAGGAAGGUAAAGCCCUGGACACCUGUCAUGUCUGCCUACAAUAAGACUGAGGUCCAUCCACUGACCUUCAUUCUCAUCGGCAUUCCUGGGUUGGAAGCGGUACACAUAUGGAUCUCCAUCCCAUUUUCUGUGGUCUACAUUUUGGCCCUGCUGGGAAACUGUUCACUUCUUUUUAUCAUCAAGACAGACCCCAGCCUUCAUGAGCCAAUGUUCCUCUUCCUCUGCAUGUUAGCCGUGGCUGACCUCGUGGUGUGCACUACAGCUGUCCCCAAACUUCUCAGUCUCUUCUGGUUCCAUGAUGGAGAGAUUCCCCUUGAAGCUUGCCUCACUCAGGUCUUCCUGAUUCACUCUUGCUCAACCAUGGAGUCGGGCUUUUUCCUGGCCAUGGCGUUUGACCGUUAUGUAGCCAUUUGUAACCCAUUACGACACUCGGCUAUUCUGACUCAUACGGUAACUGGAAAAAUGGGCCUGGCUGUGGUACUCCGGGGUGUGGCCCUUCUCAGUCCUCACCCUUUCCUGCUACGCUGGCUUCCCUAUUGCAGAACCAACAUAAUUUCCCACACCUACUGUGAGUUCAUGGCCCUCAUCAAGAUUGCCUGUGCUGAGACAAGCAUCCAAAGAGCCUACAGCCUCAGCGUCGCCUUCCUUACUGGUGGGGUGGACUUCGUAUUGAUAAUCUGCUCUUACGUCCUCAUUCUCAACACUGUCUUCCGCCUGCCUUCCAAGGAUGCCAGACUCAAGACUUUGGGCACCUGUGGCUCACAUGUCUGUGUUAUUUUAGUGUCUUAUACCCCGGCCUUCUUCUCCUUCCUCACUCACAGGUUUGGGCAUAAAGUAACUCCCCAUGUGCAUAUAUUUGUCGCCAACAUCUACCUUCUUGUCCCACCCAUGGUGAACCCCAUUAUUUAUGGUGUAAGAACCAAGAAAAUACGGGACAAGUUCCUUAAAUUGUUUCUUUUCAGAAUUUGUCAGUUGAAUUGCUUUUGUUGUUGA